AUGUCGGAUGACAAUACCCGCCGCCACUGGCACGGAAGCCCCGGCGACCGUCACCAACAACUAAAUGUCUGGAUGAACGGCGGUGCCAAGAGCCCUAGUGGUCGUGCUGCGUGGGCAAUGCCUAACACGGGCACUAGAAGGGACUCCAAUACCUCCACCUCCUCAGACGGAAACAAACAAACCGAAGGCACCGGCUCGAACCUCCAAAGCCUAGGUGAACGUCGUCGAAGCUCAGCCGGCUCUUCCCAAGGUCUCUUCUCGAAUCUACAUACCCAGAAGCGUGAAUCCACAAACGCGGAUAUGGCCACCCGUCGCGCGAGCUGGAAUGACCAGGCUGCUAAGGGAGGCAUGUUCUCCAAGUGGUGGGAGGGAUACACCCGGGGUAGUGGUAGCAAGUAG